AGGUUAAGAAUCACUGACCUAACAUCUCCCAACAAAGGCUUACCGCAGGCAGGAAUGAGCCAGGCUUUGAAACUGCAAGGCUAUUCAAUGCUAAUCAAAGUGGUCAAUUGCAGCAUUCACACUUUCCUCCAACAGACAAGAGUUCUUUCUCUCACCCUGGACCUUCUACAGUUAUAUAAGCCUCCCUUGCCUAGUUUCCAACAAACCUCACAACCUCUGAGGAUGCCUGCCAUAGAUGUGGGUGAAAUGUCUGGAGUGAAUGCUUCUGGAACAUGGCCAUACAGCCCGGAAAACUCACAGCAACUCAAGGUGGAUAUGCAGUAGAGUCUCACUUAUCCAACAUAAACGGACCGGCAGAACGUUGGUUAAGCGAAUAUGUUGGAUAAUAAGGAGAGAUUAAGGAGAAGCCUAUUAAACACCAAAUUAGGUUAUGAUUUUACAAAUUAAACACCAAAACAUCAUGUUAUACAACAAACCUGACAGAAAAAGUAGUUCAAUGCGCAGUAAUACUAUGUAGUAAUUACUGUAUUUACGAAUUUGGCACCAAAAUAUCACAACAUUGACUACAAAAAAAUUGACUACUAAAAGGCAGAUUGAGUUGGAUACUUCAGAAUGUUGGAUAAGCGGAUGAUGGAUAAGUGAGACUCUAUUGUAUCUAUAGAUAAAACCAAGUGCUGAGAAUGUCUGCGCAGUAAUGCUAUGUAGUAAUUACUGUAUUUACGAAUUUAGCACCAAAAUAUCACGUGUAUUGAAAACAUUGACUACAAAAAUGCGUUGGAUAAUCCAGAACGUUGGAUAAGCGAAUGUUGGAUAAGUGAGACUCUACUGUAUAUCCCUUAGCAGGUUGCAUUGUGGUAGCGCUAUUAAGACGCUUGAACUGCCAUUCUAGGGCUCCUGGGGUUUGUAGUUGAAAGAAGGCCACGCCCCCUGUGACGUACAUGCCCUGCUUGUCUCCGCCCACUUUCUCCCAGCAGCUGCGCAGGGUGUUAUUCCAAAAAUGAUGGCUACAAGAGGCAUGCUUUCUUUAUGACCCUGUCAUGGCUUGUUCCAGCACAAGCGAAUCCCCGUUUUUGGCAGACAGGCACGCUCGACUCAUAUUAGCCCAGAUCAACAAAAUGAGAUGCGGACACCACUUUUGUGAUGUGCAGCUCCAGGUUGGUGAAGAAGUAUUCAAGGUCCACCGGCUUGUCUUGGCUGCAAGCAGCCCUUACUUUUCAGCUCUGUUUGCCGGAGGGAUGAGAGAGGCUUCAAAGGAUACUGUGCAGAUCAUGGGCGUGGAUGCUGGCAUAUUUCAGAUCCUCCUAGACUUUAUUUACACAGGCAUAGUCAGCAUUGGUGAAAAUAAUGUCCAGGAGCUGAUAGUGGCAGCAGACAUGUUUCAACUCAAUGAAGUUGUGGAUCUUUGCUGUGAAUUUCUGAAAGGACAGAUUGACCCAGUGAACUGCAUUGGACUCUUCCAGUUCUCUGAGCAAAUUGCCUGCCACGAUCUCCUAGAAUUUACAGAGAAUUACAUCCAUGCCCACUUCCUGGAUAUCCAGAAUGGGGAGGAAUUCCUGGCCCUGACAAAAGACCAGCUUAUUAAGAUCUUGCGAAGUGAGGAGCUGAGUAUAGAAGAUGAAUAUCAAGUUUUCAUGUCUGCAAUGCAGUGGAUUCUGAAGGAUCUAGGGAAAAGAAAGAAAUAUGUUGUGGAAGUACUGGAUACGGUUAGAUUUCCAUUGCUACCCCCACAAAGACUGUUGAAAUAUAUAGAAGGUGUUCCUGAUUUUAGUCUUCGUGUGGCUCUCCAAACUCUCUUAAAAGAAUACUGUGAAGUGUGUAAGUCUCCCAAAGAGAGCAAGAUUAGCAGUUUCUUGCAGACACCUAAGGCUCGUCCACGGAGGAAAGCCAGGAAAUAUCUUUAUGCCGUAGGUGGAUACACCCGCUUACAGGGAGGCCGCUGGAGUGACAGCAGAGCUCUCAGCUGUGUGGAACGUUUUGAUACUUUUAGUCAGUACUGGACUACUGUGUCUUCUUUGCACCAAGCUCGCAGUGGACUGGGAGUUGCAGUGUUGGGAGGAAUGGUUUAUGCAAUUGGAGGUGAAAAGGACUCCAUGAUAUUUGACUGCACUGAACGCUAUGAUCCUAUUACAAAGCAGUGGGCUGCUGUAGCUUCUAUGAAUCAUCCUCGCUGUGGUCUAGGAGUGUGUACCUGUUAUGGGAACAUCUAUGCUUUCGGAGGUUGGGUUGGAGCAGAGAUUGGCACCUCAGUUGAACGCUUUGAUCCUGAAGAAAAUAGCUGGGAGGUUGUGGGCAGUAUGGCUGUGCCACGAUACAAUUUUGGGUGCUGUGAAAUACAAGGUUUGAUUUAUGUUGUUGGAGGCAUUAGCAAUGAAGGAAUAGAACUGUGUUCUGUGGAAGCCUAUGACCCAAUAACUAAGCGCUGGUCUACACUCCCUGAAAUGAGCACCAGGAGAGCCUAUCUGGGUGUGGCUCCUCUGAAUGACUGUAUCUAUGCUGUUGGCGGAUGUGAUGAGGCUCAAGAUGCCCUUCCGACUUGUGAAAAAUACUCUUUUGAAGAGGAGAAAUGGGUGGAAGUUGCUUCAAUGAAAGCCCCAAGAGCUGGAGUUUGCGUUGUAGCUGUCAACGGUCUCCUUUAUGCCAUAGGAGGAAGGACUGCUAGCUAUGAUUCAGCUGCCCCAGUGACUUCAGACUCUGUGGAGGUUUAUAACCCACAUACGGACGCUUGGACUGAAAUUGCUAACAUGAUCACCAGCCGGUGUGAAGGAGGUGUGGCAGUGCUUUGACGGAGUACAAUACUUUUUUAAAAAAAACAAAGAGCAUUUGAGUAUGAAUGUCCGUGUGCUAGAGAUAUGAGGAUUCAGCUUCCUAAAAGUGUUUGCAGUUCAUGGGCAUCUAGAUUUCCAAAACGUGAACCAACAUCUUUUGCGAUUACUACUACUGGCUUUACUAAAAUCUUUGUGUUUCUCUGUGGACCAUGCAAGAGUGCAUAUGUAACUGUGGCAAUGGAACUUGACAGCAAUCUUCAUAGAGAUGAAAUCCUUGUUGUCCUGGAAGUCUUUUGUCAUUUCUAGGACAUAAGCAAAAUUAGACAAUUUUCUUUGAAGUGAAAUAUAUUUAGAGCUAACCUGACCACAUCAAUUCUUAAUGAGAAUCUUCAGCAUCAGCAUUUUAUUGUCAUGAAAAUCCAUUAACUGAUUUAGAUCUGGCUUCUACUUUCUAUUGCAUAAAUUAUUUUACUUGGAGAAAAACAACAAAGUGAUGAUAGAGCUAUUCUUUAGAAAUAUGUUCAAUAAGCAUGUUUUAGUUGCUGAAUGCCUUAGAAAUAAAAAGGAGGCAGAGUUUGUUUUUAAAUAGAAACACAAGAUGAGAUUUGUAGUUUACAUCUUAUGCUUCUUCUUUCCUCAAGGUUGAUCACAAUUCUUUUUAGUGGCUUUAUUGUUGAAAUACAGUUAGCUCUUUCCAUGUGGAUAACAAGAACCUGUCUUUGGGCAUCAUUGUUUUCAUUCUAUAUUUCCAUAGAAUCUUUUAUUGAAGCUUCCAAAGGCUGUGCCCUAUGUCUCCCUGCUGACACAACAAAUAAUCUGGGUAGUUAAAAAGAACAGCACUGAUGUUUGGUAAUGACUAGUAGAAAUGAGUUAGUUGGCAAUGGCAGUAAAAAAGAUCACAUGGCACAGCUAAUACACCCUUAAUCCUUUUAUAAGUUUGUCCAUACAUGUGUAUCUGAAUCUAUAUGCAUCAGUAUUUAUGGCUGAAUGAUGUGAAAAUGUAGUGGAAAAAUGAAUAUUUUUCAAAAGAAUGUUAUUGACAUACAAACACAUGGUACACUGAAGAUAGAAGAGGAAUAGUAACGUUUCUACUCAAAUUAUCCUCUUUUAUGAGUUCACUCAUUACUUUUUUGUAUGUUUCUUACAUAGAAACAACCAUUUCUUAUUUGCAAAAUUUGUUGCAUGCUGAAAUCAGGUGUGAGGGUAGCUCACUCAAAUGCAUAUUCAUUAUAUAACAAAAGACACUAUUAAAAGUUCGGUCCAAGUAAAAGUCAUGUUUGGUUCAAUGCUGGUUAGAGCAAAUGUAUUAUCUUGAAACUGUUUAAUAAAUAGUCCUGGUAGAUGUUAA